AUGUCAGAAACAUCUUUGGGUAAGAAGAACAAUUACUUAAAUUAACAAGAUCUGAAUCCUGAAUUCAUGGAGUCCUCAAAAUUUUAAUAUGAAAAAUAACUUGAUAAAUAAUAGAAUUAAUAGCAAUCGUCUUUUAGACCUCAAGUUCAAUAAUACAAUUCUGAAUCCUCAUGGGAUGAAUAACGGUGUAAUAAUAGAACAACUCCUUUUGUUUUUACAGCAUAAAAUAUGCCAAAAAUUAUUUGUUUUAAUCAUUAAGGAUAGACACUAACAAAUUUUUGUAAAUGCAAGGAAUGUCUAUUGCCAUUAUGUCCAGAAUGCGUGAAAGAACACGUGUAUGAACACUCAGAAUUUAAGUCAUACCCUAGACUUGAAUGUUUGGAGAAUAUAUUGACUGCUGUUCACCAAGAUGUCUGUUAACAAGGUAUAUUCGAUAGAAAAUAUUAAGCAAAUUAAUUGGCAGAUGCAAAAUCAGAUAUUUAAAAAUCUAUAUCUCAAGCAUAUUCAUCUACUUAAGAAACUGUAUAUAACUUAAAGGAAGUUAAAAAAAGAAUAAUAAAUAUAGUAGAGCAGUAUUUCAAUGCAUUAGAAAUUGAAUUGGAGAACAAAUAGAGAAAGAACUACGAUAACUUCAAUCGUGAUGGAAAGGCCUUUAUAUCAACUUUAUAAGCAAGAUUGGAUUCUCAUCACAAUUUCCUAGAUAAAUUAAAAUAACCAGAUUGCAUGUAUUCUCUACUGCCAUACCUACUAUCUACAACUUAACAAGAUAAUAAUUUAUAUCUUUAAGCAGCCUAAUAAUUUUAGACCAGAUUUAAAGAUACUUCAUCAUUGAUAUCUUUUAAUUCUUUUAAAUCCUCAUAACUUAGUUCACAAAUUGCAGAGAUUGUAAAUGUAGUUCAUUAAGAUUUGCCAGAGUUUCUUGAAAUUCAUAAGCUUGCAUCCCCUGACAUUAUUCAGAGCAAAGUCUUAACGGUAAAAUCUCAGAAUUCUCAAGUUCCUCAAACAAAUUUAUAUUAAAGUUCUAAAGUUUAGGGCAACAUUGAAGUAAAGGAUUAAUAUUAGUCCUCAAUUAUUUAACAACAUCCAGGAUUGGAGCAGUCUUAUGGCUAUCCAUAAGUUCCACAGUAGUAAAUCUAAAACCCAUUACUUUACAGCGGCUACCCGUAAUAAAUUUAUGGUCAAUAAUAACCGUUCAAACAAACUUAAUUAGUUUAGCCUAACAAAUAUUAAGGCUAUCCUUAAACACUUUAAAUUUAAUCCGCUUAUCCGAAUUUUAAUAAUACUUAGUUGAUGAAUUAAGGAUAUACAUCCUAAAGGUUUUAUUGA